AUGACAGGAUUCAACUCGAACACCAGACCUUUCGCAAUAUGCACCUCUCGUCUCAUCCUUCUACCAUCAUAUCUCGCCAUCGAUCUUCCUGCCUACAGACAACUGUACUCUUCCCUGCACCGCAAGCCAGAAUUUACCACUAUGGCUUUUGGCUCUGCCUGGGGAGUAAAAGAUUGGGACGAACACAGUAUUGUCUCCAUCAUUGCUCGCGAAGUCCAAAACUCUUGGCGGGUACGAGGCAUGGGCGAUUUUGCCGUCGGGGUGCAGGAAAGCAGCUCUGUUGCUGCGCAAUCGGAGGAGUGGAACGUUGUUCAAGGAAAUGAGAUACAGAACUUGGACAAUGUACACUGGAUAGGAUAUGUGGGCGUCAGAGACGCAACCACUACAUCCAUGCGCGCAGAAUCCACCUCUCAACCNCCCACGCGUCCAUGGCAGCAAAUGAUAGAGUUGCGAUAUGGAUUCCACCCCGAAGUCUGGGGCCAAGGAUAUGGCACCGAAGCUGCAAAAGCAGUGAUUAAAUGGUGUGAGAAGUCUAUCGGAGCAGAGAGAUUUAUCGCAGAGACCGAGAUUGAGAAUUUGGGGAGUGGGAAGGUACUAAGAAAAUUGGGGUUUGGAGAGAUGGAGAUGGGCAAGGAGGUCAUUUGGGGCAUGGAGGGAACGAAGGAGUGGGAGGUUUGGGUGGGGAGGUGA